AGUAGAUUAAUCUCAACCAUAACACGAGAGAAAAUAAGCUUCGUUCAUUUGAGUCAUUCAAACCUAUUUAUACUCAAACCUCCCCCACUCUCAAACACACACUCUCAUUCUCUUCUCUUCUAUUCCUUACCAUAAUCUCUCUUUCUCUCCCCACAUUUCUUCCAAAAUGGCGUUGCUGGUUGAAACCACCACAAGCGGCCGUGAAUACAAAGUGAAAGACAUGUCUCAGGCCGAUUUCGGCCGUCUCGAAAUCGAGCUGGCCGAAGUCGAAAUGCCUGGUCUCAUGUCAUCCCGUGUUGAAUUCGGACCCUCCCAGCCCUUCAAAGGCGCCAAAAUCACCGGUUCCCUCCACAUGACGAUCCAAACCGCCGUCCUCAUCGAAACCCUAACCGCUCUCGGCGCCGAAGUCCGCUGGUGUUCCUGCAACAUUUUCUCCACACAAGAUCACGCCGCUGCCGCCAUCGCCCGCGACAGUGCCGCGGUCUUCGCGUGGAAAGGUGAAACUCUCCAGGAGUAUUGGUGGUGCUCUGAACGCGCUCUUGAUUGGGGUCCUUCCGGUGGACCAGAUCUCAUUGUUGACGAUGGUGGUGAUGUCACUCUUUUGAUCCAUGAAGGUCUUAAAGCUGAACAGCUUUUCGAGAAGAAUGGUACGUUGCCUGAUCCUUCUUCCACUGAUAAUGCUGAAAUGCAGAUCGUUUAUACCAUUAUCAGAGAUGGAUUGAAAACCGAUCCAAAGCGUUACCACAAGAUGAAGGAUAGAAUUGUUGGUGUCUCUGAAGAAACUACCACUGGUGUUAAGAGGCUUUAUCAGAUGCAGGCUAAUGGUUCCCUUUUGUUCCCUGCUAUCAAUGUCAAUGACUCUGUUACCAAGAGCAAGUUUGACAACUUGUAUGGUUGCCGUCACUCACUUCCCGAUGGACUCAUGAGAGCUACUGAUGUGAUGAUUGCCGGAAAGAUUGCUGUUGUAUGUGGUUACGGAGAUGUUGGCAAGGGUUGUGCUGCCGCCUUGAAACAGGGUGGUGCUCGUGUGGUCGUGACUGAGAUCGAUCCAAUCUGUGCACUUCAAGCACUCAUGGAAGGUCUACAAGUUCUCACUCUUGAGGAUGUUGUCUCUGAGGCUGAUAUUUUCGUUACCACCACUGGUAACAAAGACAUUAUCAUGGUCAGUGACAUGAAGAAAAUGAAGAACAAUGCUAUCGUCUGCAACAUUGGUCACUUCGACAAUGAAAUCGAUAUGCAUGGUCUCGAGACAUACCCUGGCGUGAAGCGCAUUACAAUUAAGCCACAGACUGACAGAUGGGUUUUCCCUGAAAACAACUCUGGUAUCAUUGUUUUGGCUGAAGGUCGUUUGAUGAACUUGGGAUGUGCUACCGGUCACCCAAGUUUCGUCAUGUCGUGCUCCUUCACUAACCAAGUGAUUGCUCAGAUUGAGUUGUGGAAAGAAAAGACUUCUGGGAAGUAUGAAAAGAAGGUGUAUGUUUUGCCUAAGCAUCUUGAUGAGAAGGUAGCUUCUCUUCAUCUUAACCAGCUUGGAGCUAAGCUUACCAAGCUUUCCAAAGAUCAGGCAGAUUACAUCAGUGUGCCGGUUGAGGGUCCAUACAAGCCUGCUCACUACAGGUACUGAGAUGAUCAAGGGAUUGUUGAAGAAGGAAAGAAUAAAGAUGAUUCUAUCCGUAUUGUUUUUAAUUCAGUUUUGAAAUAUUUUUGUUUUCUCAUUACAAUUUUUAGAUUUGUGGUAAGAUUGAGAAUUGUUUUGGAUUAUUAUCCUAGAAUCUCAAUUCCACAUUGGGUUGAUGGGUAAGAGAAAGAACACGUAUUGGUUUCUGUUAAAUGAGACCAAUUGGGUAUGAAUAAAGCUUUGGUUGCGGCUGUGUGGGUUAUGAUUGAUUAUUAGAAAAACAUAUACUUACUGUA